UAAAAGUGGAGGAGAACAUACAUUCUUAUUCUGCAGAACUUGAGAUUCUAGACUCCGCCAUCUGCAAAGCGAAGACGAUGAAGAUCAGCCAGCCAGAUUUGUCUCCAGCGGGAGUCCAAAUAAAAUUCGACAGGGCCAAAGGUGACCCACAACGGAUGCAUUUUUCAUGCUAUGUCGAUAUUAGCUCAUCCAAGUUCCAACUUUCACGCAAAGUCGGUAAAUUAUUUUGCAAUAUUUCCAAACUAAGUGAAGGAACAGUGGGAGAACGUGUAAUACAAAACCCAGCUCCACUGCCUUUCCAUGCCAUGCGAGAAUGGGAUGGUAAACUCACUGAUGAAAGCUGUUCUAAAAUGCUCGUUAGAAUGUUUCACACCAAGAGUGAUAUGGAACUAAAGUUACAAAGGAAAGGUGGUCCGCCAUUUUUUGACCUCAGAGAAUCUAUUGCAGACAUUAUAUAUAAGCACUUGAAGGAACCCGAGAUGUUAGGCGUACAUUAUGUUGACGAACGAGGAAUCAUCGAAGAACCAUAUGAACCAGCGGACAUGGUAAAGAAGAAGGGCUUCGUCAUCAAAGUGGAAAAAAUGUUCAAGUGGAAAAAUUUGCCAGUGGCUAAGGUUAAAUUCUGUGACUGUCAGCGGUUUGCAGAUUUAAUUCGCAAGAAUCCGGGAGACACCAGCCUUUUUGCAGAUUACUGCAACAGAAUUUAUCUUCAUAGGGUAAACAGACUUCCAGCUCAGCAGGAGGAGAAGGUUUUAUUCCGUAAAAUGUUAUACACAAAUGCAGCCCGAGUUCCUCAAGAUGGUGAUUCUGGUGUAUGGACUAAUUCGUAUAUAUCCCUUUUGUUCCCACGCGAAAGCUCCAAAGAUCUCUCCAAAGCUUUUGACAAAGAAAGACAUGGAACGGAAAGUUCUCCGCUCAAUGCUGUUAGUUCUGCAGAACCGUGCUAUCUGGAUGCCACAUCGUCAGUAGGUAGAUCUGUCUUUUCAGGGCAUUCUGGGGGCCUCUCCGAACCAUUGCAGGGUUUAGAGUGCGCCUUUUGCCAUUCCAGGAGUGGUACUUUAAAAAGGUGCCUUGGAUGUAAAGAAGUGUGCUAUUGUGGUAAAACAUGCCAGAAAAAGGAUUGGAAGAAACACAAAACUGAGUGUGGAAGUAACAAGAAACUCUGAGGACGUGUGAGAAAUCUUCUUCUUUCCUUCUACGAUGACUAUCAUAAACAAUCACACAACCGAAAAAAUAUUUUACUGGCGUUAACAGAUUCGAUCACUUGAAAAGGAAACAGGCAGGAAGGAACUUUAUAUUUAGGAGCCGCUUCUAUUCCUGACCAUUCAUAUUUUGCUAAUUUUCUGAUUAGUCUUUAUCAUCGUAUUGCUCUUGCAUUUUGUUUUUCUUCCCCUUCACAAUCUUGUUCUGAUCCUCCAGUAACGUAUGGAUUUUUCAAUAACAGGGUGUAAAUAUGAAUUUUCCGAUUGCGGUGUAAACUUAUGAAAAGCACAAAACAAAAGAAACAAGUUUCAAGAACAGUGAUUUUUUCGCAGUUUAUUUGAAACUCUUUGACACAAAAUUGUCCUUCAAUUGAUCUUUUAGUUAGCAUUUUACCCUAAAGUGUAAUCAAGGAUGCUGAUUAUUCUUAUGUAAGCAGAGUUUUAAAUUCAUUUACCUCAGUUCUAGUAUAAGUCCUAAUUGCAAUAGUUAUUUUCCAAAAUAGAAAACAAUCGAGAAAAAUUUAGUCUGAAUAUUGAACUAAAAAGUAUGAUUCUCCAGAAUCAAGUUUUUCCCAAAAUCUUGAAUUAGCUUUUCUUCCAGGUAUCGUUUUGGGCAGCACACCUGCUAGGAGACUUGCCGUGCAGACACAAAUACACUUUUUGUAGAAAACACCUGUAAGGGCAUGCGUCCAUUUCUCCCUCCCCGUAGCAGUGUUAAUAAAAUAUGGGGUUAAAGGGAGUAGUUGAAAGAGAGACAUGAAUCACUUUCGAAAUUCUCAUACCAGAGUUAUUCCUGACAUACCUAUAACGAAGUAUUUAAGGCACACAUCUUGCGUGUUCUAUUAUCAGCGUUCCAAGUAAUCCCGAUUAGAAUUUAAGUCAGUAUUCUUAGUACUGUACAUAACAUCCGAGAAUUAGCGGGAUUUUCCAAUGCAAUAAACUUAGAAAAAAA